GUAUUUUCAUGCGCUUUAGUUCCGCGCCGGGUGCCACGAUAGUUGCAUCGACGAGUCGCGCGCGUGCGUUUUUAUCUUACACCGCUAGGAAUCAACAGUACGAUAACAUUCAUCUCAUUAAUAUAAAUAAAUAAAUAUUUAAUUUGUGUAUUUUAAUCAAGCGAUUAAUUGUUUAAUUUAAUUUAAUAAUUGUAUAGAUAUAAAUAAAAAACUAAAUGAAUUUAGUUGAACGAGCUCCAGUGUGUCAGUGGAAUAUUGGAUUAUUAUUCGCAUUUUUAAUUGUAUAUUAUUAUUUUUAUUUUUAAUUAUUGAUCAGAAGAUGACAACAAAAUAUCUAUCCCGGGUAAUUUUAGUGCAUUGAGUCCGAGAACGGGAUUGACCCUGAACCACACUAGGAAAUAUUUUUACGAUAAAUAAACAGCCAUGUGCCGUGUUUGUGUACAGUGCAGUGUUUUGGUGAUAACUUAGUGUCGACAGAUUUUUAUUUUAUUGUCAUUGGAAUAGUAAUUGUAUGUAAUAUAUAAUAGAUAACUACAUUGAUUGUAAUUAUUCUCGAGGAAAUUUAUUUAUAUUAAAUUAACUGAUUUAUAAUGGUGAUUAGGAUUGUUAGUGAACAUCACUGAUCACUGGAUAGUCUUGAGAUAAGAUAGUCAUUGAGGUGUAAAAAUAAUUCACGAGUGUCAAAAUCUCCGGAAGCAACCCUCAACCUACAACAGUAAGGGAAAGCUAGCUCUGUUGAUUACCUGGUGUUUCACUUGCUUUUGCGUGUGAUACGCACACGCAGUAGCGUCCCCACCAGUCCUCAAUCCGGACAAAAAAGGAAAAGAAGAUUAUUUUUCUCUCAAACCGGACGGGGCGCUUCGAAGCGCACGAAGUAAAGCUACAAAAAUUCUGGACAUAAUGGACAUGAGCAGCGAUUCGACCCCGACAAGGUGGUACGAGCCGCCUAGGAGUUCCCUCGAGUCCGCGGGUCCUGGAGGCGCGGGUGUGCCUGGAGUCAACCCCGACUACAGAAGUUACUACCCUCAUCCAGCACCGACGCCUCACCACCCCUCAGCUACCGCCCACUACGCUCACAGUAGAAUGUCAGGAACCGGGGUGUCAGGAGCACCAGUGAGUCAGGUCUGCCGUCCACACUUCCACGGUGGACACCCCUGGCUGUUGAGCGCUGAAGCAAAACCCUGGUCAUUUCCAGCCACAACCGCGUCGACGGGUGGCGCUGUAGAAGACAAGCCUCAGAGUCCUCUGGGUUCCUCGUUACCUCCCACCUCUGUGAGCUUAUCGAGCCACGGGAUAAACGGAGGGCACAACGCCUUCUCAUUUCCCCCGACGCCCCCGAAAGACGCGACCCCAGACAGCAUAACCACCAGCACGAGUUCGACCACCAACACCACCAAUAACAAUUCGGGGAGCAACAACAACAGCAACAACCAGGGCUUGGGCGGCGGAAGCGAAUACCAGGUAGCGGUAGCACACGUAGCGGCAAUGGGAGCAAUGGGAGCCUUCAUUCACCACCAGGAUGUUCUGGGAGCGACAUCUGGGGGAUCAUGCGACGUAAAACCCUCGGUGAUGCUGGGUCAUCAUCAUGGCGCCCCCUCGCCUCCUCACCAGCACAAUUCUGGAAACAACAACGGAGCCGGCGGCCAGGUGAAGCAGCGGGAAGGUAAUAAUAGCCAAUCGACGAAUAACGGUACCGGAGCUGGAGGCUCCAGCAACUCUGGCGUAAAUGGCCAGCAACAGCAGCAGCAGUCGGGAAAUCAACAAGCGAAUGCCCAACAGCAGCAACAGCAGCAGGAUUACCAGAAUCCUGGGGGCGCAACUUCGCCAUCGUGCAGGGACUCCUAUCAUCCCGCCUCCCAUCACCAUCAUCAUCAUCACGCGACCUCCAGUUCCCAGUAUGAUCCCACGGCGAGCGCUUACAACAUGUAUUCGCACCUUCAGUAUCCUACCCAUCACGCCCACAAUCCUCACAACGGAUCCUCGUUGUUUUCUGGGUCCCAUCACGCAACCGGCGGUGUACCCGGCGUUGUCAGUCCUGACGCAAAACUUCUUGGCUCCUCGCACGGAAACACCCCUAAUUCACCCGGUUCCCAACAACAGCAGCAGCAAAAGCCGAGGAACAAGUCCAGAACGUCCGCCGAGGGUCGCGAGUGUGUCAACUGCGGAGCAACUUCGACGCCACUAUGGAGAAGAGACGGCACUGGACAUUAUCUCUGCAAUGCCUGUGGGCUCUAUUACAAAAUGAAUGGACAAAAUCGACCGUUAAUCAAACCCAAGAGACGUCUGUCACUGCAAAGCGCCGCGAGGAGAGCAGGCACGAGUUGUGCAAACUGUAAAACCGCAACAACGACCCUUUGGCGAAGAAAUCAAGCCGGCGAGCCGGUGUGCAACGCGUGCGGCCUGUACUAUAAACUCCACAAUGUUAACCGACCGUUGACGAUGAAAAAGGAGGGUAUACAAACGAGGAAUAGAAAAUUAUCUUCGAAAAGCAAAAAGAAGAAACAAGGCAGCUGUCUUGGUUUAAGCGGUGUCAUGGGUGACAUGAUCAAGGCCAGCGGACACUUGGAUCUUGACAAUAAGCCAUUCCACUCUGGAUUUGGUUCACCCAUGGCGACGUCGCAACAUCAUCACACGAUGCAUCCAGCAGUGCAACAUUACAUGUAUCACUCGGGAGUCGGUAUGGCCGGAGGUCUCCAUCAGGGAUUCGCGCCACCCGCACCACCGCCAAUUCAUCCGCAUUCGCACCCACACUCCCAUUCUCAUCACAUGACCAGCUUACAGGGUCUCCAACUUGCAGCUACGACGAAUGCUAUGACCGGUUGGAGGUCCGAGUACACAUGAAUGAGUACUUAUGACCAGUAAACAGCAUCAGCAGCUUAAGCAGCAGAACCAACACCAGCAGCUCAGGACGCAGCCCACCAUUCUGUCAUAAGCUUCUUUUAAAAUUAAAAACUCCCGAUUGGAAUCCGUGUGCACUAACACGCCAGAUAACUCAUACACACACUCUUGGUCUUAAGUUUAAAGACACGGUACAAUAUAAGUAAAGUCACCAAUAUGGAAAAACCUCAUCCGCGUUUGCAAGCAUCUUUCAGUUGAGACGAUUCCCGUCGUCCUGAUAUCAUUUAUUUUUUUUUUUUUUUUUUUUUUUUUUACUUUUAUUAUUUUUAGCCCGAGGGUCACGCACCUUUCAUUGUUAUUAUUAUUAUUAUUUUUAAUAUUAUGUAUUUAGCUCUUUCAUAAAUUUAUCAGCAAACAUCAUUUAUCUUUUAACUGCAAAUAAUUAUAUUAAAAAAUAAUUAUAUGGUAACAAUGCUUUACGCAUUUGAGUUAGAUUUUUUUGUAAAUAUGUAAAGUAUACCGUAGGGUUCAUCAACCCCCCGGUCCCAAGUACAAAGUCAGCUGUCGUUUAAUCGAGUCGUUAUAUAAUAUGUUUAACUGUAAAUAUUAAACAUUUUAAAUUAUAAUUAUAAUCAACAUAAUAAUUGAUUAUUAAUAACUAUCGUACUAUUAAAAUACUUCUAUUAAUAAAUUGAAUAAUUAAUAAAUAAUAAUAAUGGUGUACAAUUUAUUUAAUAACGCGUUCGUAUUUGUCUGAAGCAAUUACGGUAUGAAGCCAUGGACGCAAUUAUAGUUUUAAUUAUUAAAUAAUUCGGUUUUGUUUUUUACCUCAGUCACACCCUAGAAUGUAUAAAAAAAUUAAUAUAAUUAUAAAUAUUAAAAAUAUAAUUCUAUAUAUAAAUAAAUAUUGAAGAUUAUUUAAAUAAUUGUGAAUGUAAAUUUUAUAUACACAGAUGAUUAAUAAGUGCACCUCGUGUUGUGAGUUUGCUCAAUUUACGUGAAUUGGCGAACGUGAUGCGAGUAGAAGCACAGAAUACACACGUAGGGAUGGUAUAUAAAUAAAAAUAAUCUUUGUCGGUCAUUAUCGUGCAAUUUAAGGUAACAAGUUAAGAUUUUUAUCGAAACACGACGACUGCUUCCCUCAGCUGACCUUUUUCUCCUCAAGUAAUCAUAUAUUUGUCAUCAUUAAUACUUGGCUGACAGUUAAUGUUAAAUUACUUAUCACAGUAUGUAAAUCUUAUUAUAAUUAAUGUUAUUAUCAUUAUUAAUAUUGUUAUUAAUUUUAACUAUGCUAAUAAACUUUCAAUUUCAAUUCUAUUCAAUUUGUGUGAUUAUAUUUAUUCUUUUCAGAUUAUUUUUGUGAUAACGAAAUUAUUAACGGGAACAGUCGUAGGUGUUUA